GGGUAAAUUUCACUUUCUUCCUCAACCGGCAAAACGUUGUGGUCUGCACCUUAUCUCUUGCAGAUUCAUCUUCAAUCCUUGGCCACUUCACACUCCUCGCUCCAACUCACUUCGACCUCCAUACGAAUCAUCAUCAUCUUCUUCUUCUUCUUCUUCUUCCUCCAUACAGCAAAAUGAAAGCUUAUGCACCGACUCAAUCGCACAUUCAAAUGCUGCCACCUGCUCCGUUUUGCCGCCCCACACCGGUGCUCCCUUCCCGGAAGUUCAUCACCAUCCGCAAGACUUCAUUUUGCCUCCGAAUCUCAAGACGCCGUACUCACUGCGUUAGCUGUGGGAGGAGCACCAUUGCUGGGGAAUUGAACCAAUUGGAGGAGAAGAAGCAGAAGCCGGAGGGGAGGAAAGCUUACCCUUUUCACGAAAUUGAGCCCCGGUGGCAGCGGUACUGGGAAAAGAAUCGCACUUUUCGAACCCCCGAUGAUGAUGAAAUGGAUACCUCGAAGCCGAAGUUCUACGUUCUCGACAUGUUCCCUUAUCCUAGUGGAUCUGGGUUACAUGUCGGCCACCCUCUUGGAUAUACUGCCACAGACAUUCUUGCUAGGUUCAAACGGAUGCGUGGAUAUAAUGUGUUGCACCCAAUGGGAUGGGAUGCAUUUGGAUUGCCAGCGGAGCAAUAUGCCAUUGAGACAGGAACACACCCAAAGAUCACAACACUGAGGAACAUUGAACGCUUUCGCUGUCAGCUCAAAUCAUUAGGUUUCUCUUAUGACUGGGAUCGGGAAAUUUCUACGGUAGAACCAGAAUAUUAUAAAUGGACACAGUGGAUCUUUAUUCAGCUUCUGAAGAGAGGACUGGCAUAUCAGGCCGAAGUGCCGGUAAAUUGGUGCCCUGCUCUUGGAACUGUCUUGGCAAAUGAGGAGGUAGUGAAUGGUGUUAGUGAGCGUGGGGGUCAUCCGGUUAUUAGAAAGCCAAUGCGGCAAUGGAUGCUCAAGAUCACUGCAUAUGCAGAUCGUCUUCUUGAAGAUUUAGAUGACCUUGAAUGGCCUGAAAGUGUGAAGGAAAUGCAAAGGAACUGGAUAGGGAGGUCAGAAGGGGCUGAGAUGGAAUUUUCUGUUCUUGAUUUUGAUGGGCAGGAAAAAGACAUAAAGAUUACUGUUUAUACAACCAGGCCUGAUACCAUUUUUGGAGCAACCUAUAUUGCAGUGGCACCCGAGCAUUUCUUGUUGACAUCAUUAGUAUCCACUGCCCAAAGCAAAUUUGUGGAGGAAUACAAAGAGAUGGCAUCAAGAAAAAGUGACCUUGAGAGGACUGAGCUGCAGAAGGAAAAGACUGGGGUCUUUAGUGGCUGUUAUGCAAGAAAUCCAGCCAAUGGGGAGGCUAUCCCAAUAUGGGUAGCAGAUUAUGUGUUGGGGAGUUACGGCUCAGGAGCAAUAAUGGCUGUACCUGCACAUGACACUCGUGAUCAUGAGUUUGCUUUGAAAUAUGAUAUUCAAGUUUGUUGGGUUGUGAACCCAAAUGAUGAAGGCUGCUGUAAUCUUGAAAAAGCAUAUUCAGGUGAAGGCACAAUUAUAAAUUCAUCAAGUUCUACUUCAGGUCUUGACAUUAAUGGUUUGUCUAGCAAAGAAGCUGCUUCCAAAGUCAUUGAGUGGGCUGAGAAAACUAGAAAUGGGAAGAAAAAGGUGAACUAUAAGUUGAGGGACUGGCUUUUUGCACGGCAACGUUAUUGGGGGGAGCCUAUCCCAGUAAUUUUCUUAGAGGACACGGGUGAGAGUGUUCUCGUUCCUGAAACUGACCUGCCCCUUAUCCUUCCUGAAUUGGAUGAUUUCACUCCCACUGGGACUGGAGAACCACCACUGUCAAAAGCGGUGUCUUGGGUCAAAACCACAGAUCUUUUGUCUGGAAAAACUGCUAGACGAGAAACAAGCACCAUGCCACAAUGGGCUGGUUCCUGCUGGUACUAUUUGAGAUUUAUGGACCCAAAAAAUGACAGAGCGCUGGUUGAUAAGGCUAAAGAAAUGUAUUGGAGCCCAGUUGAUGUGUAUGUUGGUGGUGCUGAACAUGCUGUCCUUCACUUACUCUAUUCUAGGUUCUGGCACAAGGUUCUCUAUGAUAUUGGUAUUGUGUCCACCAAAGAGCCCUUCAAAUGCGUGAUAAACCAGGGGAUUAUUCUUGGAGAAGCUCAAUAUAUGGCAUGCAGAGACCUAGAUGGGAACUUUAUAUCUGCUGAUACUGUCCCUAUUUUGGGUGAGCAUCAUCAAGAAGUAAUACCUGAGGAAAACGUCAUGAAAUCUGGCGAUUCUUUUGUUCUAAAAGACAACCCUAACAUACGUUUGAUUGCUCGGGCUCACAAAAUGAGUAAGAGUAGGGGAAAUGUUGUCAAUCCUGAUUGCAUUGUUUCUGAGUAUGGUGCAGAUUCUCUUCGCUUAUAUGAAAUGUUCAUGGGUCCACUUAGAGACCCAAAACCAUGGAAUACUAGUGGAAUUGAAGGUGUCCAUCGAUUUUUGGCAAGAAUCUGGAGAUUGAUUGUUGGCUUACCUUUACCUAAUGGUACCUUCAAGGGUGGAACAGUGGCAAUCGAUGCAGAACCUACUUUGGAACAGCUUCGGGCUGUCCAUAAAUGCAUUGAUAAGGUAACAGAGGAAAUUGAAGGGACACGAUUCAACACUGGAAUUUCUGCAAUGAUGGAGUUCAUUAAUGCAGCUUAUAAGUGGGAUACCCAUCCAAAGUCAAUCAUUGAAGCAUUCGUUUUACUGCUUUCACCAUAUGCUCCUCACAUGGCUGAGGAGCUUUGGUUUCGGCUGGGUCACUCAAAUUCAUUGGCAUAUGAACCUUUCCCUGAGGCAAACCCUGCUUACCUGAAAGAUUCCAUGGUGGUCCUACCAGUUCAGAUCAAUGGCAAGAUGAGGGGGACCGUACAGGUUGAAGAAGCAUGGACAGAGGCAGAUGCUUUUAAGUUAGCUUCUCUUGAUGCAAAACUCUCUAAGUACUUGGUUGGUAAAACUAUCAGAAAAAGAAUUUAUGUUCCUGGCAAGAUUUUGAACAUUAUCUUGGACCCCCAAAAUGUCAAGGUCGGUUCUCGGUGACUCCUUCGACACCCUUUCAGAUGGUGCUCUGUAUCCUUUUCAAGUUCGAGCACACUGAAGCGAGUCUACAAUGUAUUGCUUCAUUAGACAUCUGCAGUGCUAUAAUGUGGAUAGGGAGACGGCAAAGUUGAUGAGGAGCUUUAGCUUGGAUGCUUCCGCGUGUUGUAGAAGUGUGAUCUAUGAACUUCUGUACAGAAUAAUUCAGAAAUGCAAUUUAUGUUUAUAUUUUAGACAUCAAAAUUUUGACAUUUUGAAUAAUUCAGAGCUUCAUUGUCUGCCA